UGGUAGUUAAGAAAAGAGACCCCAUUUUACCAAAGGCAAGUGGCAACAAAGGGCGACCGAGUUAAUCUCAUCUUCCUCUCUCCGUCUCAUUGGUUUCAUCGUCUUUCCCUUCCCUUCGCCACCUCCAUCUUCGCCGGCGGACAUUCCUAAGCUCUCUCUCUCUCUCUUCCUCUUCUUUCACUACAAUCUCUUUUUCAUUAUCGAACCAGAUUCAUUUUUUUUCUUUCCAUCUCAUAUCAUCCAAUGGCUUCCUCCGUUGCUUCAGCUUCAGCAGCUUCCGCAGUGGCCAAACCUCCCUCCACUACUCUGCCUCCUCGCACUUUCAACUACAACACCUCUCAUUCUUCGCUCUCGUUUCGCCUACCCAACAAGCCCAAACUCCGAAUCUUCACAAGGGGGGUGCAGCCUGUUCGUAAGCAUUCAACUUUUAUUCAAGCACAAUUGAACGAGUUGUCUGUUUCAUUGAAGGAUCCUGUUGAUGUACCUACUGUUGCAAAGAUUACAUCUGAAUCUGAUGUUUUAGCAUCAGAUGGAAGUGCUAAGCCAUCGAGUGAUCAAUCUUCUAAAAUUUUGGCAACGGAAGAGUCGAUCUCUGAGUUCAUUACUCAAGUUUCAAGCCUUGUCAAAUUGGUUGAUUCCAGAGAUAUUGUAGAGUUGCAAUUGAAACAGCUUGACUGCGAAGUGGUAAUUCGGAAAAAGGAGGCCUUACCACAGCCACCACCUCCUGCUGUGGGUCCAAUGAUGUAUGCACCUCCACCGUCAGUAGCACAGUCAGCUCCUCCACCUAUGCCUGCUGCACUACCAGCGCCUGCUUCUGCUUCAAGUGCACCAUCUUCACCUCCGCCUGCCAAGUCAGCCACAUCCUCCCUUCCAACUCUUAAAUGUCCUAUGGCUGGAACAUUCUACCGUAGUCCGGGACCUGGAGAACCACCAUUUGUGAAGGUUGGCGAUAAAGUUCAGAAGGGACAGGUUUUAUGCAUCAUUGAGGCCAUGAAAUUAAUGAACGAAAUAGAAGCUGAUCGAUCGGGGACCAUAGUCGAGGUUCUUGCAGAGGAUGGGAAGCCUGUUAGCGUUGACACGCCUUUGUUUGUCAUUCAACCUUAGACUAAUCCUGUUUCGAAUACAAGUGACGAGUUAAGCAGAUGAGAUUAAGAUGAGUUUGGGAAGCAAAUUGAGUUUCCAAGGAAGUUUCGGUUGUGAGUUAGUUAUGGUAGUGUCUAUUUUUAUCCCUCUUCUUUCUUCCUUUUUCCUCUUUAAUUGAGUGUAGACAGAGAGAUAUUGUGUUGAUAAAUGUCAAUUCCUUUUACCAGUUUUUGUGGGAACUUUCAUCCUUCUUUGUGAUAUCUGAUAUAAAUAUAUUUAUCCUUUAAUAAGAACUGCUUAUUUGGUA